GCCCUCCUACAAACACAGACUGUGUGUUCUGCCUGCUGCCAAGAUAGUGCACAUGCUCUGGGUAAAGGUACAUCAGAUAAUGGCAUCCGUUACCAAACCCCAGUCCAGCUGCUGCAAAGGUCUGGAGAGGGACUCCAGAGCCCUGUGAGGAACAAGCAGGGCACUGUGCUGCUCACUCCUCUGUUGGGGCUCCCCCAGGAAGGGUCUGGCCACCCAAAAAUUCACCUCUUCUGCCUCUUGGCGAUGACUGAACUCCCAUCUCUGACCUCUGUGGGGUCCUUGGGGCUCCAAGUAAACAGUGGCCCCCAGAGCUCCCCAGAGGAGGUUCCUACAGCUUGUUCAAGGCCUCGACACAGCCUGGGCAUUCUCCAUGCCUCCUACAGUGUCAGUCACCAGGUUGGACCCUGGUGGGACUUUACAUCUUGCCGGCAGCAGUGGGACAGGCAGAUCCUCAAGGAUGUCUCCUUGUACAUCGAGAGUGGGCAGAUCUUGUGCAUCUUAGGGAGCUCAGGCUCCGGGAAAACCACGCUGCUAGAUGCCAUGUCUGGGAGGCUGCGGCGCAUGGGGACCUUCCUUGGGGAGGUGUUCAUGAACGGCCGGCUGCUGCACAAGGACCAGUUCCAGGACUGCUUCUCCUACGUCCAGCAGAGUGACACGCUGCUGAGCAACCUGACGGUGCGGGAGACUCUGCGCUAUGCAGCACUGCUGGCUGUCCGUCGCUGCUCCCCAGGUUUCCUCCAGAAGAAGGUGGAUGCAGUCAUGGUAGAGCUGAGUCUGAGCCACGUGGCAGAUCGACUGAUUGGCAAUUACAACCUUGGGGGAAUUUCCAAUGGCGAGAGGCGCCGGGUCUCCAUCGCAGCCCAGCUUCUCCAGGAUCCCAAGGUCAUGCUGUUUGAUGAGCCCACCACAGGUCUGGACUGCAUGACAGCAAAUCAGAUCGUUGUCCUCCUGGCAGAGCUGGCUCGCAGGAACCGCAUUGUGAUUAUCACCAUCCACCAGCCACGCUCUGAGCUCUUUCAGCUCUUUGAUAAAAUCGCCAUUCUGAGCUGUGGAGAGCUGGUUUUCUGUGGGACACCGGUGGAAAUGCUUGAUUUCUUCAAUGGCUGCAAUUACCCUUGUCCUGAACAUUCAAACCCUUUUGACUUUUAUAUGGACCUGACAUCAGUGGAUACUCAAAGCAAAGAACGGGAAAUGGAAACCUACAAGAGAGUCCAGAUGAUUGAAUCUGCCUACAAAGAAUCAGCAAUUUAUCACAAAACCUUGGAGAAUAUUGAAAGAGCAAAACACCUGAAAACAUUGUCAACGGUUCCGUUUAAAACCAAAGAUUCUCCUGGAGCUCUCUCUAAACUGGGUGUUCUCUUAAGGAGAGUGACAAGAAACUUACUGAGAAAUAAGCUGGCAGUGAUUAUGCGUCUUGUUCAGAAUCUGAUCAUGGGUUUGUUCGUCGUUUUCUAUCUUCUGCGGGUCCAGAACGAUGUGCUGAAGGGUGCUGUCCAGGAUCGCGUGGGUGUCCUAUACCAGUUUGUAGGUGCCACCCCAUAUACAGGCAUGCUCAACGCUGUGAAUCUGUUUCCUGUGCUGCGAGCUGUCAGUGACCAGGAGAGCCAAGACGGCCUGUACCAGAAGUGGCAGAUGCUGCUGGCCUAUGUGCUGCACGUCCUCCCCUUCAGUGUCAUUGCAACCAUGAUGUUCAGCAGUGUGUGCUAUUGGACUCUGGGUUUAUAUCCUGAGGUUGCCAGAUUUGGGUAUUUCUCUGCUGCUCUCUUGGCUCCCCACUUGAUCGGUGAAUUUCUAAGUCUUGUGCUACUUGGUAUGGUCCAAAACCCAAAUGUGGUCAAUAGCAUGGUGGCUCUGCUCUCUGUUGCUGGGAUAUUUGUAGGAUCUGGAUUAAUAAGAAACACAGAAGAAAUGUCCCUUCCUUUUAAAAUCCUCAGUUACUUUACAUUCCAAAAAUAUUGCUCUGAGAUUCUUAUAGUCAAUGAGUUUUAUGGACAGAAUUUCAUUUGUGGCAGCUCAAAUGGUUCUGUGACAACUAAUCCAAUGUGUGCCUUCACUCAAGGAAUUCAAUUCAUUGAGAGAACCUGCCCAGGUGCAACAUCCAGAUUCACGACAAACUUUCUGAUUUUGUAUGCCUUUAUCCCAGUUCUUGUUAUCCUAGGAAUAGUUGUUUUUAAAGUAAGGGAUCAUCUCAUUAGCAGAUAGUAAAGAACAUUGCUGCAAAAAAUGGACCUUACGCCCCAAAUGUGCAUGACUACUUGGAAUGUCUAAACUAAGAAAGUCACAUGUUUCUUGAUAAUAUAAAGUCUUUUAAACAUUAAAACUCCCAUCUGUGCCCCUCAGAUCCACGCAGGUCAUGAUAUUCCAACUUGCAGGGACAUGUGAUAUUUGGAAAUUGUGACUGAGCUGGUCCAAUUCUUGAUAUGUAAAUAUCAAGAAUUCAUAAAGUUAUGGGAGACUGGU